UUAUAUAUUACAUAAUGGCUACUGACACGCAACAUAUUUGUCUUACAGAAGGUUGUGGUAAGCCUGCCACACUCAAGUGUCCUGUUUGUAUCAAAUUGAAGCUUGAAGAUGCCUAUUUUUGUUCUCAAGAUUGCUUUAAGAAAAAUUGGUCAAAGCACAAAUUAGUCCAUGACGCUAAAUUAAAAAGUGAACCUCAUGAUCCUUUCCCAAAUUACCGUUAUACUGGUGAACUCCGUGCUGUUUACCCUCUCUCACCUAGACGUCAUGUACCUGAACAUAUUAUGCGACCUGAUUAUGCCGAAACCAGUAUUCCUGUUUCCGAACAAAAUGUUCGUAUGAGUUCCACCAUUAAGGUUUUAAAUGCUGAAGAAAUUGAAGGCAUGCGUAAAGUUUGUAAGAUUGCUCGUGAAGUCCUUGAUAUAGGUGCCGCUGCUAUUCGACCUGGCAUCACUACAGAUGAGAUUGAUGAAAUUAUUCAUAAUGCCACUAUUGAACGUGGUGCCUAUCCUUCACCUUUAAAUUAUUAUCAAUUCCCUAAAUCUGUUUGCACAUCUGUCAAUGAAGUUAUUUGUCAUGGUAUACCUGACAAAAGACCUUUAAAGGAUGGUGAUAUUGUUAACCUCGAUGUUACAUGUUAUUAUAAUGGUUUUCAUGGUGACAUGAAUGCUACUUAUUGCGUUGGUAACGUCGAUGAAAAGGGUAAAAAAUUGAUUAAUACUGCUAGAGAAUGUUUAGAGAAAGCCAUUGCUAUGGUUAAGCCGGGCAUUAGAUAUCGCGACUUUGGUAAAGUCAUUGAAGAGCAUGCCAAAAAGAAUGGAUUUUCUGUCGUUCGUACUUUUAGUGGACAUGGUAUUAAUCAACUUUUCCAUUGCGCACCUAACGUGCCUCACUAUAAUGGUAAUAAGGCUGUAGGUAUUAUUAAGCCUGGUCAUUGUUUCACUAUUGAACCUAUGAUUUGUGAAGGUGGCUGGAGAGAUGAAAUUUGGCCUGAUAACUGGACUGCUGUUACAGUGGAUGGAAAGCGUUCUGCUCAAUUCGAACAUACUUUACUUGUUACAGAGAAUGGCGUUGAGAUUUUAACAAAAUAAUUCC